UAACUGUACCUCCACACAAAUUAGCGCGCUCUCACGUGAUUUACCCUGCCAAAUCUAGACACAGCCAGAGAGCUUUAUAUCAACCAGCGCUCCGUAUCCCUUGACCCCGAGAGAUGAGAUAUACAGUACCCUCCUAGGUACUAGGCGGUAACCAUACAACGGACAGCUGUGAUAGAGCAACUGUCCCUAUUUUUUAAGAAUGGUUGACGAUGGAUCGAAGCGCGAGGGACAGCCGCCGUCCUCCUCUCCUCAAGCUGCCCUCCCACCACUAGACUUCAUGGACGUUGUGUCUCCAGCUUUGCAAGUUGGCAGUUUAACCGGCGUAUCCGGCCUCCUCUUCGGCGCCGUCAGCGGCGUCCUGCGCUCAACAACACCCACCCUAUUCGCCAUAGCAUCAGGCCUCCAAUGGUUCACCCUAGGCUCAACAUUCUGGGCAACACGAACACUACUCCUCCACGAACUCCGUGCCGAAACCGGGGAAUCCGCACGCAAAAUCUCCGCCAGCGCCAUAGCCGGCGGCGUCAGCGGCGGGAUUGGCGGGCUCUUGCGAAGCAGAAAGAACGUCCUCCCCGGCUCCCUAAUUUUCGCCACCUUCGGCGCCCUCGGGCAGGCGGCAUAUAACUACGCCGACGCGCGCGAGGGGCGGAAAGUCGGCGAUGGGGGUAAGGAGGAGGGAAAGGGAGGGUGGUUGAAUUCGAGGUGGAGUCCUGUGAAGGCGUUGUCGGAUGAGGAGUAUGAACGGAUAUUGGAGGAGAGGUUGUUGAGGCUUGAUGCGGAGAUUGCGUUGGUGGAUGAGAGUAUUGAGGCUGUUAAGAGGGGGGCUGCUGAUGCGAAGACGGCGGCUGUGAGUGCGAAGGUAGAGAUAGAAGGGAAGAAGUAAGCGGAUGAUGUGUCUGUGAGGGGGGGGGGGUAUGAUAUUACUAGAUGGAAAGGGGCGCGAAGGAGAUUGUAUCAUAGUACAGAGUUGUAUCAUAGUAGAUCAUAGUAGACAGACAAAAAAAACCAUCAU